CUCCUCCUUCUUUUGUUUUCCCCUUCACCGUUUACGACGACAAGGAGCUUGAACUCCGCUAUUGUUUCUCUUCUGGUUCCUCUUUAUUAUGUUCUUCACGUCUUUUGUUUGAUUUAGUUCUGUAUCCACCCCAAGCCAUGCCAUCUCAACAAGAAAAAGAACCGCUGUUGCCGCCUCCAUCGACGGCACAACCAUCAUCUUCACCACCGAAAUUGCUUCCUAUUCCCGCACCAUCGACAACGACAUCGAAGGCUUCGUUUACCUACCCAGAAAAUGAAGAAGCUGGUAGCUCUAUAUCGACAGGUUUACCGCCAGAAAUCGCUUCAGCUGAUAUUUCGAUUGCUCCUGAUGGAUCAUUUGUUGAGACAUCUUCUAGUGCAGCAGCACUGGAGCUGAAGAAACGUUACGAUAAUCACUUUGGUGUCAACCCUCCCAGCGUACGGUCGCCGUAUGUUAUCACUGCGUUUAUCAAUCAGCAUGGGAAGAGAAUGUUCAGGAUUGGACAUAAAGAUAUGUCAGCUCCAGCUGCAGCGGGAUACUUUGUUGAAGACCAAAUCAUAAAUCGUGCUUCAUCCUCGUUCUCUCACCGUCAUGUUUCUCCUUCAACUCCCUCCGCUGGCACUCAUCGUUCCUCAAGAAGCCGGCGUCAGUCACGUUUGAGUGCAUUCUUAACCAGCAAUCCGAAAAAAAACAAGCUCCGGAAACCUCGCUCGAAUCCAGACAUGCAACAACAGCAGCAGACUACCACGUCACCGAAGAGGGUAACAGGUGCCAUUCCAUCUCAUUCAACUAUGCCUAGCAGGAGAUUCGCUGGAGGCCGGACGUAUUCACUCAGCGUAACAGCUAUCGACCAACCUCCACAUCCGACCAGCUCCACCCUUGUUGUUGGACCAUACGUGUACGCAGGUGGACCAUCAUCAUCAUCACUUUCCCCAUCAACCUCGACUCAGUCCGAUUACAACACGCUAAGCCCGCCUCGUAAUAGUAAUCACCAUCAUCAUUCUGCAUCACAAUCUCGGCUCACUAAGAAAGGCGAUGUAUUUGGUGAAGUCAUGAACUGGAACUUUCAUCCCAAUUCUACUUCAGGGUCCAUCUCUAAUCUUGGGAUCAGACGCGAUAGGAACAACUCGAGCGCUUCGUCUAUUUCCUACAUGUCUCCUUCAUCGGUCUCUUCUCAGUCUAGUUCUGCUUCUGUGGGAAUCGGAAUCGGAGAGUUUGGUGAACUCACCGCCGGCAGUGUCGUGAGAUUACAGAGAAGUGGAAGCACGGCCACCGACAGCUCCUACCCCAAAUCGGAAAUGGGUCACUUACCGGGAGCGUUUUCUUCUUCACAACAGUUGAUUGUCAAACCGUUUGGAAAUCAUGUCACGUUCGAACCGCGAUGGAGACCGAAACCGUCGAGGGGAAGAAGAAGGAAGUCUUCAAAUAAUGGUUCUCUUUCUCCCCAGGAUACUAACGCGGUCGGUACCAAAUCCUCCGGUUCCGAGCCGUCGGCGUAUGGUGUCGGCGAUCCAAUAAACCGCAAUGAGGAAAGACGGCGGAAAAGUCAGAGUUGGUCCGGGGUUGGCGCUGAGGUGCCUGAGGAUGAUUUGUAUGUGAGCAAUGUUGGUAGAGGCACCAGUAUCGGCAUCAGCAACAUCAAUACUGGAUACGUCUCAGAUGCCCAUUCUGACGUUGAUGGUGAACAGGAGGGGAGGGAAGAGUUUGAGCUUUGGAGUGCAUAUUUUGAUACGCACAUCACUGGAGGAACUUCGUCUCCUGCUCGUGGGGGAGAACAGGCUGUCCCGGAAGUGCUGAUUGAACGUGGGAGCGGCAGCAAUGGGGUGGGAAAGGGUGUUCUGGAGAAGGGGAAGGAAGAAGGAGAAGAGGGAGAAGAAUCAGAUUUUUCGGAAUUCCUACGUGUCGGUGCAAGUGCAAUACUGCGAACGAAGCCAUCAUUGGAUUCCGUCAUGACCGCUCGUCAAGGGCGGUCGUCUUCGGACAAUUUGAGAGAUGCCGCCGCCAGAAGUGUUGGCAAGGUCGAUGAAGGUGAAGAGGCGGAUCGGGAAGAUUUCACCAUUGAUGAUGACAGUGAUGAUGAUGAGAUAUCAGACGCCGAAACUCCACCUAGACCGCCUUCUGCUAUUAGGGUGCGGAGGCGCGAGGAUUUGCAGAAGGAGGUGCAGCAGGACAUGCCCAAGGUUGACGUUGACGCCUCUGCGGACGUCGAGAAGGGAGAUUCCUCGGCAGCAACAUCGACAGUACUUGAUUCUCAGACGCUCUUAGUACCCUCUAACCAUGAUGACCAGCUUCCCCAUACACCGAGACCUCUGUCCACUAAUCCUCCUCCACUUCCAACACAACCGCACCCAACAACAUCAAUGCACAGCCGGUUCUCAACUGAUGUGUUUGAUGUUUUACAAAUGUAUCGUGGAUUACCGUUGUUGGAUAGGCUGGAGAAACGGAAACGGGCGCGGGAUGUUUUUAGUGAGGAGGAUGAGGAUGGAGACGAUGAUGCUGAUGAUGGAGAAGACGAAUGGGUCAUCCGGUUGUCGCUUGAAGACGAUGAAAGUGCUGCACCGAGGAACGAUCCACGAUUUGUGAUAUGGGGUGAGGUGCAUGGUAAUGACGAAGAUGAGGAUGAUAUUGUUGCUCACAGUAAUAUCAGUCAGGCGGGAGCUGCCGGAAGUAAUGCUAGUAGGGCAAGCAGUUUGAGUGUGGACGGCGGUAGUGAGAGCGCUGGCAGAAGACCUAGGGGAGGAAGUAUGAGCAAGAGGAAGGCAAUGAAAGAGAUAAAGAAGAAAGAGAAGGAAGCUAGGAGCCGGAGUGGUUCCGGGACCGCGGGUGCUGGAGCUGUUGAAGGUAUUCCUCUUCCGGUAACGACACCUGCAUCCUCGACAUUUACUGUGACCCCAUCUGACAAUCCGGAACCAACGCUUACCACUUCUACACACCUCUCGGCACCACCACACCAGCCGGAAGGUACGGAGAAGAAAAAGAAACAGAUACUGGCAGCGACGAUCGAGAGAUGGCUUGCUCAGGUGACGAGCGAGUAUAAUUACGAUGAGCUAUUAAUCUUCUUCUUGACUUACCGGACAUAUAUCAGUCCAGUCGACCUUGCACAUUUGUUCAUCUGUAGGUUCCACUGGGCGUUAACGGAUGAUACCAGUGGGUUGGCUGGUGCUGGCACGGAGGAUCGAGUGAAACGAAUUGUCCGGUUGAGGACGUUUGUUGCGCUACAGUAUUGGAUCACUACGUUCUUCUCUGUGGAUUUCUUGCACAACAGGGAGUUGAGAGUUCUCAUGGCAAGCUGGUUGAAUGCAAUGGUGAAGGAUCCCAUCUUGGGGAAGUAUCCGGAUGCGAUGAGUAUUGUGAAGAAACUCCGCAAAGUGGCAAAAGAAUGCAAACGGAUGUUUGUUCCUUUGUCUCCAAGCAAGUCAAAGUCAUCUGCUCAGCAGGAAGAAGGGGCUGAAGGGGCACCAGCGAGAUCUCCCACGAAUCCAUCCAAUUUUCUUCCAAUUUCCGAUCCCGCGGAAACCAGCCUUGGGAAAGAACAUCUCCUUGGUGAAAAAUUCGCCGAGGCGGCACGAGAGCUCAAGAAACAGCGUACUUCAGAGGAUUCAGAUGUUGAUCUGGACUUCCUCCCAGACACGUCGUCUACGUCUAAUGGUUCCAAGGGUCUCCAUAUCACUACCACAGGUCUACCUCUAUCAUCCCUUUCGAUAUUACAACGAACAAAUCUCGCUCCUAGCCCAUCGACCACAGAUAUGGACAGUCUUAUCGAGACGUCGCAGGCAUUACCUGUUCAUCGUAACUUACUGUCAAAGGUUAUCGGCAGUGUGGGGAGGUGGAAGCGGGUAUUGAACAGUCACCGCUCCAUGUCGAGAAUGACGGCGUAUGGUGGAUAUAGUGGAGAGGGCGUAGGUCUGGCCGCCAUUGGGAUGAGUAUGAUGGAACUGAGGUCUCAUGGAAACAGGAAUAUGUGGCAGGUACAAGGGGGUAUAGAGAGUUAUCUGAGGGUCAUUGACCAGAACCCCCCUCCACAGCGCGAUGCGAUUGGUGAUGCACCUGCGAUGUCAACAUCGAGAAAUACCAUGAACGUUACCACUCCAUCGACGUCACUCGAAGUGACGGCAGAGGAAUCGCAACCAUCCGCCUCUUCUGCUGCUACGACGACUUCAUUCGAAGAAGCAGAGCCAGCCCCCCCGUUGCCCAAUGAGGACGCCGAUCACGAACUUUCCACAGUACCUCCUGCAUCUGAACUUGACACAAUGUCUUUAUCCUCCCGUACCUCGUUCAUUUCCAUAGCACACACAUCUUCCACAGAAUCCUUUGGCGAGCUCCUUUCAGCUAACCGAGCUUCUGCGAUGUUCCCCGCCUUCCAUUCCCCGCGGCAAUUCGAUGUCGUUUCGAUCGAUGAAUUGUCUGAUUCGUCUUCUAACGAGGAACCUGGCCUUCCGCCCGGUCUAGGACCUCAACACCUUCAGCACCAAAACCGAACUCCAAGGAGGCUACCUACGAGGAGACUUAUGGAAGUAAACAAUGAUGACCGUAGUACCGUCUCUUCGAUGGGUAUCAUAUCGCGAGAUUCGUAUGCGUCCACCACAACCGCAAGCUCGACGACGUCUUCAGUCGUUGUCGACGAUGCUGGUCAAGGGUUGGGUAAAGGAAUACAACAGUGGCAGCUCAAUCGGCUGGUAGAUUCUCUCACAGACGACGAAGAGGUCGGUGAUGUUGAAGAUGCUUUGAAGAGGUUAGAAGGACAUAUCAACCCCCAGAAGCAACAAGAAAAGGCGACUAAGGUCGAAGGAUGGGUUCGGACCAUAAGAGAGAAAUUGGCCGCGGGAGACUAUGACUCCGACGAGGGACCAAGAUGCGAAGAGGAAGACGAAGACGAAGACGAGAGCGCUGGUAGUACUUUCGAGCAACAUCCGAAUGGAGGUGAUGCCAUGAAUGACGAUAUUCCCUCCAUAAUCGGGCCACAAACCGAAGACCAAGGCGUGAAGCAAGCCAACGGUGGUCUUGAUCCAGUCAGAGCCCCAGGGCCUACGUCUCCUCCACGUACAACCUCUGAUGCCAGACCUGCCGUUGAGGACGUUGUCCCAAUUGAGAUUUUGCAAAGUAGGGUACCCGGUUCCGAAGUUUCACCUCUCACACCAAACAGGCCCUCCAUCUCCAUCAAAUCCAACUUUGUCAAUCCACCACAUCAUUCGUUCGUAUUGGAUACCAAAGCAGUCAUUAUCGCGCAACACUUUGCCAUGAUUGAUCGGGACCUGUUCUGCUCUCUUGGCUUUGAGGAGUUCUUGGCUGGUGAUUGGAUGAAUUGUGAGGAGAUUGAAGUAUUGGAUUGGAAAACGUUCAUGAACGACUGUGCGAGAUGGAGAGCCGAAUCCCGCUGGCCUGAGAGAACUGGGGCUCUAGGCACUAUUCGAGCGAGGUUCAAUCUGGUUGCCAACUUCACAACUUCGGAAGUUGUACUCACUCAUCCGAAUGAACGAAUACAGGUGUUCGUGAAACUACUUCAUGUGGCGUGGCGGUCAUACCACAGGAAUAGCCUGAACACUGUUGUUGCGAUCAUAACAGGUCUGCAGAGUAAAUUGGUGACACAGGCUAUGCGCCGGUCAAUAAAUCGUUUAUCAAAAUGGGACGCUCGAAUAUUCCGCGACCUGAAACUGUUCAUUGCCAACACGAAUUGUUUUCAGUAUCUGCGUGAGGCCAUCGAGAGGGUUUUGGACGCUAAGCCCAUUGAUUCGGGUGCACAUGUCUCUUCCGUCGUCAAUGGGAGUGCUACAGAUCAGCCUACAAGAGGGAGAGGCAACAAAACGAUGACAUCGGGGUGCAUUCCUUUUAUUGGUAUCUAUCUAUCUCAGCUUUACCAACACCACCAACUUCCGGAUCUCAUCGAUCCCACGGCUCCUAAUGAAGUGGUCGGAAUUGACCCAACCACAUUCAGUUUCGAUUCACCCGCUCACCCCGAAGUCUUCGAUGCCCUCGCCCCUCUUCCACCUUCCUUACAACUUGAGCCCUUGAUCAAUGUGCAGAAGCAGCGCUUGAUUGCAGGAGUUGUUAACAGCUGUAUAACAGGCCAGCAGCUUGCCAACCGUGUACGUUUUGCCCUUACGGACACAGAUAUGCAAAAGGCUUGCUUGGAAUUGAAAGCCUUGGACUCGGAAACACUUCAACGCGUUUUACUUUCUCUUCCUGGUUGAAUGGACUUUUUCAUGUUGUGUACUCUUCAUUGCUCUCGCUGGAUAUUUAUCAAUCUUUUUACCAUCGCUAUAUACACCAUCGUCGUCAUGAUUUUCCUUCCGCUAUGUGAUAUAGACUCGUUAUGUUGUUUCUUAGUCGGUUGCAUUCCAAGUUUCUUUCUUCUGCUCAUCGAACACAUCAAUCUUAUAGAUGACGAGUCACCACAGAGCCUGGUUACCAAUGCUGACCGCUGAUCAACCACCGUCACAGAAUCCAGGAGUAAGCUUCGCCCAAGCGCCCAUAACAAUAUUACGUCAGGGCAUCGACCUGAUAUAACCCCCCAACAGACAUUCAAGUUACC